GCGGCAGAAGAGUGGAGCGCAUGCGCGUCUCCUGUCGCCAGCAUGGCUACGGUGCUGUCACGGGCGCUGAAGCUGCCAGGUAAAAAGAGUCCAGAUCUUGGAGAAUAUGACCCUCUCACUCAGGCUGACAGUGAUGAGAGCGAAGAUGACUUGGUCCUCAAUCUGCAGAAGAAUGGUGGAGUUAAAAAUGGGAAAAGUCCCCUCGGGGAAAUCCAGGAUGUGGAUUCCGAUGUGGAAGCUGGUAUAGCCAAGCAGCAUCUCUCGGAGGGUAUGACAGAAGAGUACCCAAGUGAAAUGAACAAUGGUUUGGAGCAGAAGACAACCGGUUCCUUGAUGCCUUAUUUGCGCACUGCCAUCUUUUUACUCACUGUGGUUAUCUCCAUGAUCCUUGUGCUGGUGUGUGCUUUCCUCAUUCCUUGUCCACCAAGAGACUUACAUAAUACUUGGAUUCACAACCUAGGUCAAGUGGCAGAUGGAGUUCUGUUUCCACCAGAACUUUUUGAUGUAAAUAAUGAUGGUAUCCCUGAUGUCUUACUCUCCUUCACAGCUUUGAAAAAUGCUAGUGUACUGGGUGUCUCCACACCAUGGGUAACAAUAAUGGCACUUUCGGGUAUGAACGGCAGCAUCUUAUGGUCCAGUCAUGUUAAAGAAGAGAUUCUGGGUGUGCAGUGUAAGAAUUUGGACUUUGCAUUCUCUGUAGAACCUGUCUGCCUUGUUACUGGGACCUCUACAUUCCUCAGUCUUCUGAGUGCCUCAUCAGGGAAGCCAGUUUGGACCUUUGAUUCCUCCCACUUUCCUAAUGGAAUUUUGGCUGCUCCAGCUGUUGUUAUACCUGAUGUGGAUGGAGAUCGGGUCAGCGAUUUGAUGGUCUUGACCAUUGGUAAAACACAGCCAGAGUUAAGCUUUAUCUUGAUAUCGGGUAAAACUGGAAACCCUGUGGGAGGACCUGUGAAGUACAAUAUCAUUAGAAGAGGAAAACUGAUUGGUCCACAGACUUAUAUCACCAGCCAUGGAGCAGUCUACAUCCUGUUUGGCUUUGGUCCGGUCUAUGCAGUUGCUUUACGAGAUAUCUUUGCUCAGGCCAGAAAUCAUGAUAAUUUCCCUCCAGUGCUGCAGCACGAAGAACCAGAGUGGGAGAAACACAGAUCGGUCAAUAUGUUAGAGUUCAUUGAUAUUUACAGUGGAGGCGUUGUGUUUCUACAGGCAGUGAAAUCUCCUGACAGCAAUUGCAGUGACCUUUUGAUCACCACUGAACAUGGUUUGACUUUAUUGCAAGGUCAGGAUUUGGAACAGCGUUGGACUCUAGAACAGCCGGAUAUUGACAGCCAGCCUUGCCCAGGGUUCUUCAAUGAUGAUCAAACUUCGGACUUUAUGGUUCAGGCACGGCAUGGAAAUGUCUCUAGAAAGAUUCUGGUUGUGGAUGGUAAAUCAGGACUGCCAGUUUGGAGUUAUGAGCUGCCAUAUCACAUGAAAAAAUCAGAUGCACUGUCAGUGCUGACUUUGGACAAAAAAUCUGUCUUUCUUUUCUGGGCUAAUGAGAAGCAAUCUCUCUUCAAAAGCUUGGAACCCAGGCCAAGGAUUCACCAUCUUUAUCUUCUCCAUCCUACUUUCCCUUCAGUCCUUUUGGACCUGAGUAAUACGACAGACCCAGUAAUUGCUUCAUCUAUUGGAAUAAAUGAUCUUCAAAAAGAUGCCUUUUAUAUUACUGUGACAAGAAGUCCCACUUCUGAACACCAGCCAGGGGUUCUGUCUGUUAGGAAGCUUCGCCUGCGGUGGGCGUUGAUGACACAGAGCCGGGAUGUACCUCUGAAAGACACAGAUCCCAAAAUCAAUCAUGGGGAACUGAGGCGGAUUCUUUCUAGGAUCAAAUUUAUUGAUCUUGCUCAGAAGUUCUAGACAUAUAUCUCAGGUGUUCUGAGUGACAAAUAUGGAGCUCAAUGUCUACAACCAAGCUGGUCAGUCAGACUUUAUGAAAACUUCAGUUAAUGAAGAAUGGGGACUAAGUCCAGAUGUUUUAGGACUGGGAAAGCCGAACUGUUCAUCCUUAAGUAUCCUGACUUGAAGGAAAGCUGCUCGUCCCUUUGUUUGCUAUUUACAUGUCUGCAGACUUCUUUCCAGGUGGUUUGAAUGUGUGUAUUUAAACAGGGAUAUUGGGGUAUGUGUGUAUAAAUAUAUUGCUACCUUAAUUUAUGAAAUAUAUUAAAAAGUCCCUAUUUAUAUUGUAGAAGUAUUUAAGCUCCUAUUUAUAUUGUAGAGGUAUUUCAGUGUACUCUGCCUUUUGCCACUAUUCCCUUGACUGGCAUCCUUCACUCUGAGUUCCUUCAUUUUUUUUUUAGCUUCCAUUUCUUUUAGGAUUAUUCUUUUUUUUCCAUUUAGUUAUUCCUAUCUUCCAUGUCCAAAUCCAUAAUCCACAGUGAAUGAUAUUAUGUGUCCUAGUGCUGCUUGACUGCAUGCAUGCAUGCAUGCAUUAACUAAUUAAUUAAUUAAUUCAGAUUGAAUUAGCUACUGAAAGUUAGUCUAGUGACCAUCAGAUCUCCCAAAUGAAUCUAGAAUCAAUCUAUUCAAUUUAUAGGGGAGUUUUAUAUAACUAAUGGAUAAGAUGUUUGUUGUAAUGCUCUGGUAUAUUGACCAUAUGAAUUAUGAUUAGGCAUUCUCAAGGAAAUAGCAUGAUAGAUGCUUUUGAUGUUAGUAUCACACAAGCUUUGGUAUUACCUCCUAAAAUAGAACUUGUCUAUCAUUAAACAAUGUGAUGAUGAUUCUACCAUCUUCUCAUAAGAUGUUCUCAGUUUUGAUUUAAAGUAUUAAAAAAACCCCAAUUCUGAAAGAAGAUACAAUUGGAGCUUUUUCAUAAAAAUAUGAGAGCCCUAAUGAAUAAGACCAAAGAUCUGUUUAUUCUAGCAUCCUAUUCUGGCUGAACUUUAGAAAAAUUGCUAGCCAUUUCCUGCUCCUUUUCCCCAACACCUGUUUCCAAUACACAUUUUGGUGACUCCACUGCUUACAUUCCUCCUUUAUGACAAAUGUCAAUUUAUUCCUGGAUCAGGUAUGGAUCAGGACUACUGCCUUGACAAUGUUGAGGGGAAUUGCCAUAUUGGAUUGAAUUCAAGAUCUAUACACAACCCCUUUCAAAUGUGUUUCUUUAUCAGCUUUUAUUCUCACAGUAAUUCUGAGGCAGUGCCUCACUUCCUACUGCUCUAUUUUUAUUUGUACAUGUUGCAGAGGAGCUUUGUUAAAUGUUAGCACAAUUUAUAGCACUUGUCUUCCUCACUGCCACCUCCUGGGCUUGUUCUGGUUUUUCAGAUAACUUAAAUAUGUAAGUUACUCUUCCCUAAUUUGGUGUCCUUCAGCUAUGUUGUACUGCAACUCCCUUAACAGUUUAAGGCCCUGCUGCAUAGCAGUAAUAAUCUAACACAAUCAUAUGUAUGUCAUAAGUGUUUGAGUGUGUUUCCCAUAGCUGCUUCACAAGGCAGUUUGAUGUAUCUGAAAGGCACCCAAUUGGAGAAAGCAGUAUCCACCUCGCUUCCAGAGUUUCUGUAGCAAGGAAAAAUCUGUGUUGCUCAUCCUGUUGGGAAAAUUUUGAAAACUACUUUAAAUGAUGACAUACAACCUGAGUUUCUCCCUUCAAUUCAGAUUUGAUUUAUGCCAUUUGGUGCUUCUGUGCUUUCCGUGAUUGAUUUUUUUGUCCCUGUAUUCCCUAUGCACUUUAAAGAAAAGACUUAUCUGUAUGUUGUUCUAAGCUAUAAACCUUACCAGAAGAAAUAAAUGUGUACAGCAUAUCUCU